GCCAACUUCAAUCACUUCAUUCCGACAUGCGACGAUGAGAGAAGUUAUUAGCAUACACGUUGGUCAAGCUGGUAUCCAGGUUGGUAAUGCCUGCUGGGAACUGUUCUGUUUGGAACAUGGCAUCCAACCUGAUGGUCACAUGCCUGCUGAUAAACAAAUCCAGGGUGACGAUGCAUUCUCUACCUUCUUCAGUGAAACUGGCGCUGGCAAGCAUGUGCCUCGUUGCGUGUUUGUAGAUUUGGAACCAACGGUCGUAGACGAAGUGCGUACUGGUACUUAUCGUCAUCUUUUCCACCCAGAGCAGCUAAUUACCGGCAAGGAGGAUGCUGCUAACAAUUUUGCCAGGGGUCACUACACAGUAGGCAAGGACAUUGUUGACUCGUGUCUUGACCGUAUCAGGAAGCUGGCUGAUAACUGUACUGGUCUUCAGGGUUUCCUUAUGUUCAAUGCUGUUGGAGGUGGUACAGGUUCUGGUUUGGGUUGUUUGAUGUUAGAGAGGUUGUCUGUUGAUUACGGUAAGAAGAGCAAAUUGAACUUUUGCUGCUGGCCAUCUCCACGGGUAUCAACUGCUGUUGUUGAGCCCUACAACUCGGUACUCUCAACUCAUUCAUUGUUGGAGCACACUGAUGUGGCUGUCAUGCUUGACAACGAGGCUAUUUACGAUAUUUGCAAGCGCAAUUUGGAUAUCGGGCGUCCUACAUACACCAACUUAAACAGGCUGAUUGCCCAGGUCAUAUCGUCUUUAACCGCUUCAUUGCGUUUUGAUGGUGCACUCAAUGUUGAUGUUACUGAGUUCCAGACCAACUUGGUACCUUACCCUCGCAUUCACUUCAUGCUUUCAUCAUAUGCCCCUGUAAUUAGCGCUGAAAAGGCGUACCACGAGCAGUUGUCAGUUGCGGAAAUCACCAACUCGGCAUUCGAGCCUGCUAACAUGAUGGCUAAGUGUGACCCUCGCCAUGGCAAGUACAUGGCUUCAUGUAUUCUCUACCGUGGUGACGUAGUUCCUAAGGAUGUUAACGCUGCUGUAGCGGCGAUUAAGACUAAGCGUACAAUCCAGUUUGUUGACUGGUGUCCCACGGGAUUCAAGGUUGGUAUUAAUUACCAACCACCUACAGUGGUCCCUGGUGGUGAUUUGGCUAAGGUUAUGCGUGCUGUAUGCAUGAUUUCCAACUCAACGGCCAUUGCGGAAGUUUUUAGCAGGAUGGACCACAAGUUCGACCUCAUGUACGCUAAACGCGCCUUCGUACACUGGUACGUUGGAGAGGGAAUGGAGGAGGGCGAGUUCAGCGAGGCCCGUGAAGACUUAGCCGCACUCGAAAAGGACUACGAGGAAGUGGGCUUGGACACAACCUAUGACGAAGAGGCAGAAAAUUACUGAAACCAUGCCAGUUUAAAAACAAUGCCCACAUGACGGGAAUAAACACUUUUUAGAAAAACAUUUACUUAAUCGUAGCAUCUAUAUG